CAUUAAGCACAAAUGGGGAGGAGUGAGCAGCUCGUCAUUUGCUACUGCUUAAGAGCCUAGGCAAAGCUCAGAGCCACAGACAGAAAGAGAGCGAGCCAGCAGAGGUCUGUGCAAGGGUCUGGGAAUAUCGGCAACACCUUCACUAGGUGGGAUACAACACUGACAUACCAAUAUUUGGGGGAAAGCUGGCAAACAUAAUUUGGAAGUCUUAUUGUGAGAAGGAUCCCCUCAAUCCACACGACUCUCUAAAGUAGGUGUUUUUAUAGAGACCGUCAAGUAUAAUCUCCAGCUUUGUGGGGGUCACAACAUGCAUGGACUGGUAGUUUGACAUUGGAAUUGCCUUUCAGGGUUUCAGUCAAGUUGUAAGGGAUUCAGUCAUCUAGUCAUAUUUCCAGUGUUAUUCUUGUUGUUUUUUGUAAAAUGGCAUCAGACUUGACAGCUUCUACUGCUAAUCAUGACAGUUAGAGAAUGGACUUUCCUGGACAUUCUUCCAUGAGCUGCUCACUCCCCCCUCAGCUCUGCAGCUGAACCAGAGUGGGUGUAGGGCAGCAUCAGGGAGACUCAGGCUGCUCAUGAUGGGGAACGUCAUACGUGGCGCUGUGGCCUUCAUCCCCUCCGAGCGCUGCCAGCGUUUCCUGGUUGGCGACCUGAAGGAGAUGCCUCUCGAUCGGACACUAGACCUGAGCAAACUGCAGCUGCGUCGUCUUCCUGUGGCUGCCUGCCUGUUCAAUGAGCUGGUCAAGCUCUACCUAAGUGGCAACAACCUGAGCACCCUACCUGCAGACUUGCAGGGCCUGAGGAAGUUGCAACUCUUAGCUCUUGACUUCAACUGUUUCGAGGAGCUGCCUGCGGCUGUGUGUCAGCUACCUCAGCUUAACAUCCUGUAUCUGGGCAACAACCAGCUCUGGUGCCUCCCCCGGGAGCUGGGCGAGCUGAAAGAACUUAAUACCCUCUGGUUGGAGACUAACUGUUUCACUCAGUUCCCGAGUGUGGUCUGCGACCUCCCCAACCUCAAGACGCUCCAUCUGGGGUACAACCAGAUAAGCAAACUGCCCAUGGAGCUCGGUGGGUUAGAGGAGCUGAGGAGUAUCUGGCUAGCCGGGAACCAGCUGUGUGAGUUCCCGCCAGUGUUGCUCGCCAUGCACCUUCUGGCCGUGAUCGAUGUGGACCGCAACAAAAUCCGCCGCUUUCCUGGUCUGUCCCACUUGCAGGGGUUGAAACUGGUAAUCUACGACCACAACCCCUGUGUGAACGCACCUGUGGUCGGGGAGGGGGUCAGAAGGGUUGGACGCUGGGCAGACAGCUCGGAUGAUGAAGAGGAUGGUGAGGAUGGGUUGAAAGUGUGUGAGACUCCGACUGAGGUGAAGGAACUUGCCUCCGAGGGACAACUGGACUCACUACUUGAAAAGGGUUGUGGAAGCAUCUGACCUUCAAACGUGGCUAAACUGGGGAACAGGAUGCCAGUCAAGUGGAGCACUUACUGGAGAACGACCACUUACUGGAGAACGGCCAGCAGCCAGGCCUGAUGGUGUUUUGUUCCAAAUAUGGUCAGGCCAAUGAUAUGGACCUAAACACAGAUGACAAAUAAUAAGCUGUUACAAUUGGUUUCCAUCAUGAUGAAACAUGGACCUCACGAAGAGUGCCAGGAGGAAUCUGAUAUGAAGUUCUCUACUUUUACAUCACUGUCUGCAGACUUGAAGGAUUUUCGUUUGCUCGUAUUCAGUUAAUUUUACAGGUUAUUUUCCAAUUCAAUUAAUUUCUGGAGACAUGAACCCCAGGGCACACCACGUCAUUUCAACAUGGAAAUUGGGGUAAUAUUGUUGAGACGUUGAGCAAUGAGAUUUCAACCUUUAAUCACCCACUCAAAAUGACAGACAGAAGUUUGUUGUAUUCCCAAUGUGUUAUCACUAUGGUUUCUACCAUCUGAAAGCACAACAAAAUUCUAAUAGAAAAACCAUGUCAGAUUUUUUUGUUUUGUUGUCAUCUAAAAUGUGUUAUCACAGCACUUUAAACCAUUUUAAAGCACAACAAAGUUAGAAUGAUAA